AAAAAAAAAAAACAACAAAAAGAAACAUUUUUUUUUUUUUAUUAUUUCACACAAAUUAUUGGAAAUAUAUUAAUGUCUGCGUAUAUGCCUUAAGUUGGACAUGGCGAAAUUGUUAACGUAUAUGUUCAUAGUGAGUUUUUUAAUUAUUUGGUAUUUCCUGUUGUACGGCGAUAAAGAUCGCAACAGCGACUCGGUUGGUGGUGGUGGUGGUGGUGGUAGCGAAAGUGUCGGCGGUUUUGGUGUGGCAGCCACAAACGGUCAUGGUAGCCCUUUGGAAGGUCGUGAUCGUCAUCAUCAUGAACGCGGUGGUCACAUAAGAAGAGACAUUAAUCAUUGCUGGCGUCGGUAUGACGGAUACAAUCUACAAAAUACUUUAGUCAAUAAGAAGGAACAGCUCAAAAAACCUUACGGCAUACUCUGUCAUUUUAAAUGUACUUGGUUCUUUACGAUAAGUUUCCCCACUUGUGAAUUUAUUUAUGAUUAUAAACUAUCCUGUUACUUAUUUACAUCACUGCCCGAUUGUACGACAGUCAAGUGCACAUUGCUAAAUUAUUUUACAUAAUAACGAUAUAAAAACAAAAAAAUUAAUUUUACGUAAU